UUUCCAUUGCAGGAAGCACGAUGUGGGUAUAUCCUUAUCCUGAUGGCCAUUUACUGGUGCAUGGAAGCCAUUCCAUUAGCUAUCACUGCAUUCCUUCCUGUCUUACUGUUUCCUCUGUUGCAAGUCCUUGAUUCUGGACAGGUAUGUAUGCAGUACCUGAAAGACACCAACAUGCUCUUUGUUGGAGGGUUGAUUAUGGCCAUUGCUGUGGAAACUUGGAAUUUACAUAGACGUAUUGCCUUGAAUGUCUUGCUCUUGGUUGGAGUCAAACCAGCUCUACUGAUGUUUGGCUUCAUGGUAGUAACUGCCUUCCUCUCUAUGUGGAUCAGUAACACAGCUGCAACUGCUAUGAUGAUUCCCAUUGCUGAGGCUGUCUUGCAACAGCUUAAAACAACUAAUCAGCUACCUGAGGACACAGAAAGCGAAACUGGAUGUGAUAAUCAAGGACUAGAACUAGAAGAAAAUGAGGAAUCCAAGGUGGACAUCUAUCAAAACAUGAACAGUGAUAAACAAAUACAUACUACAGCUUGCAAUGGCUUUCCACAUAAUCCUCAUGAAAAUGGCCAUAUCUUUACAAUUGAGGAUAACAGCAAUAUGAGGGAAGAAAGACAAAAGAUUAAAAAGAAGCAACAUGAAGACUUAUGUAAGAGCAUGAGUCUUUGUAUCUGUUAUUCUGCAAGCAUUGGAGGCACUGCCACCCUCACUGGGACCACACCCAACCUGGUCUUGAGUGGACAGAUGAAUGAGCUUUUCCCAGACAACAACAAUGUAAUCAAUUUUGCAUCUUGGUUUGGCGUUGCAUUUCCUAACAUGAUCUUGAUGCUUCUUCUAUCUUGGUUGUGGAUUCAGUGCAUGUACCUUGGUUGGAACUUGAAGAAAAAUUUUGGAUGUGGCAAAAAGAAGACAUCUAAAAAAGAAGAGAAGGCAUACUUGGUGAUCAAGGAAGAGCACAAGAAGUUGGGGCCCAUGCUCUUUGGGGAAAUUGUUGUUCUUAGCAUCUUUGUGUUGUUGAUCAUCCUUUGGUUCACUAGGGACCCAGGAUUCAUGCCCGGAUGGGCAGGAGUACUGUUCAACAAGGAGGAGACUUUUGUCACCGAUGCUACAGUUGCUCUCUUCAUUUCUGUGCUUUUGUUCCUAAUUCCUUCUGAGAUACCAUGUUGCUUGACUCGAAAGACAGAAACUACCGAAGAUGCAAACCAAGGAAAAGAAGGUGAAGAGAAGCAGAAAAAGUUCAAAGCACCACCAGCACUGCUGACAUGGAAAACAGUGCAUGAAAAAAUGCCAUGGAGUAUUGUAAUCCUUUUGGGUGGAGGCUUUGCGCUGGCUCAUGGCUGUGAGAAAUCUGGAUUGUCUGGCUGGUUAGGACAACAACUAACACCUCUGCAAGCAAUCCCACCUGCUGCCAUUGUACUCGUGUUAUGCUUUAUGGUGGCUGUUUUCACAGAAUGUACGAGCAAUGCUGCAACAACAACUCUUUUUCUACCAAUUCUGGCUUCUAUGGCAAGAGCAAUUGAAAUCCAUCCACUGUAUGUCAUGGUGCCAUGUACAUUAGCAUCCUCCCUAGCCUUCAUGCUGCCAGUAGCUACUCCUCCAAAUGCCAUUGCCUUCUCCUAUGGCCACCUAAAAGUCAUUGAUAUGGCCAAAUGCGGGGCUAUACUAAAUGUUGCUGGAGUGUUUCUCAUCUCACUGGCCAUCAACACCUGGGGCUAUGCAAUACUGGGCCUUGGCACCUUCCCAUCCUGGGCAAAUGCGACAACAACUCCUUGAAUAACAGAUCAGAAAUGGUCAUUAAAUGUUUUGCAGUCUCAAGAAGCCAUGAUGCUCUGUUCUCGGAAGGAUGAUACAGAUUUCCUCACUUACUGGAAUCUUUGUGGAGACUCAUAGUUGGCUAGUUGAAAAAAGUAUAUGAUUACAUGUCUUCAAAACUACAGCUGAAAAUAACUGUGAUAUUCGUAUCGUUUUGUAGAACUUAAAGAAAGACUAUAUUGCACUCUACUAAUGAAGAUAGGUACCCACAUACACAAAUAGCUCCCUCAAAUCCAUCAGCUACUUUUCU